GCGUGCGUGCGUGCGUGUGACCCGCCCGUUCGAACAGUAUAAGAACCUGACGAAUUCCACAAUCUCUUUAUUGAACAAUACGCAGCAGAAACAUUUCUACUGGCUCUUUAAUAUGGCAACCCAGGGAAAAACCUCUCCCGCACUAAGGGAUGAAGCAGUAAGGUCUCUGCAGCAGUAUGUCUCGGAGACACUUAAAUACAUUGAUACAGUGCGGAACUUCAGCGGUGGGCAGGCGAGUGGCUGGAGGCUGGCGAGGAACGCAGAAUUAAAUAAACUGAAAACACUGAAAACAAUACCAGAGCUUAAAGAACAGCAGAAGACGCUGGCUACUGUGCUGAAGAACACUCUGGAAGGAGUGGAGAAGCUCACCUACUUCCUGGAUGCUCUGGAGAAACUCGCAGUAACUUCUCUGCAGGUGUUCACGGGCGGAGAAGAGGUGGUGAAGCUGUCUUUGGGGUUCAGCCUGGAGAGUGUGAAGGACAUCAUCUUAGCUGCCCGGCUGGUCUGUCCUCUCCUCCUGUGCUUUAAGAGAGAUGCUGAGGUCUUCUUCACGCCCAGCCUCCACAACGUGGCCGUCUUUGAGGCUGUGUUGGACAAAUACAUCCGCACCACUGAGAUUAUCUGUAAUGUGAUGUGCUCUGCGAUUGACUUUGAGGACGAACCACCACAGGUUCAGCUGGCUGAGGAUUUAACAUUGGAUGUCGUGCAAAAUAUCAGUUCUCACGUAGACCAGCUUUCUGAUAUCAGGGAGGACCAGGACUUCAGACUGCUGUUCCUAUUCCAGGGUGAGUCGGUGUCGGGCUUUGUCGACCAGUUCAGCGAGUGUCUUCCCAGAAUGCUCGAGUUCCUCGAUGAGAUGGAGGGCUGUGCCGUCCAGCUGGACCGGAUGAAGAAGGGCUCCAAGAUCUCCAGUGUGGCUGGGAGCUCGGUGGGGGCCGUGGGGGGGGUCAUGACCCUUGUAGGUCUGGCUCUAGCCCCGUGGACAGCUGGGGCGUCUCUGGGUCUGACCUACUGGGGGCUGGGAAUGGGGGUCACCAGUGGUGUAAACAGUAUAGUCACCGCAGUAACGGAGACAGCGGUCAACGGAGUACAGAACUCGAAGGCCAGCGGAGACCUCCAGAGCUUCAUGAAGGAUGUGGAGAGCAUCCAGGCGUCCCUGGAUACGGUCAUCAACCAGAGGGAAAGUGAAUUUGAAGAGGGUAAUUGGGAUAAAGCUAAAGUCGUGAAAGGGGUUCUUAAGGAAGCACAAAUUAGCCCUGGUGUUGAUAAGAUGAAAGAAGCUAUCAUAAAGGUAGUAAUUCGAAGUGCGGUAAAGAAUACCGCAAAGAAAAUUGGUACUGUCCUUUUCAUUGGUCUGGACAUCUACACCAUCUGCACAGACAGCAUCAGUUUGGCCAGCGGGAAACAGAGUGAAGCCUCAGAGUUCAUCAGAGCCAGGGCGGUCCUUCUGCGCUCAGAAGUGGACUGUUGGAAAAUAAUCCAUGACUCUGUGGGUACUGGCACGAAGCAAUUUGAGAGUAGGAAAGAUGUUCUUCAGAGCUCAUUCAGAAAUUAAUUAUAAUGCCCUCUCUUGCAUUUAUAUAUAAUUGUUGGGUCAACAGGGAUCCUAAAUCCUCUCACUCUAAAUCUCAUGAGAUUGAAACAUAUUCAAAAUAAAAAAAUAAGUGUUUUGUGUGCGUUCUGAUAUCGGUGUAUCCUGUGUUGCAACACAACACAUGAUGAGCCAGGAGCUGGUUCUGACUUGUUUCUUUCCUUGAAUCCAAGGUAGGACAUGUUUGAGUGCAAAACUACUUCAAAGUAGAGACCAACCUGUCUUUUCUUACAUUUAGCAUGUGUGAUUUGUAACUGUUGUCUUCCCUGAACAACCAUUGAUUAUUGCAGUUGCUCCUCAAUUAUGUUACCCAAUGAAUGUAAAUUCUGUACCUCCGAGUGCGGCACAAUGAAAGCCAAUAAAAUAAUGGAUACGAUUG